AUGGAGGCGAUGGUGAGAAACCUGUCGAGCACCAUGGAGCUGCUGGCCGUGGCGACGCACAGUGACGCCGUGGCACGAUGGGACGAGGAGACGCUGUCCAGGGCGCUUCACUGGGCCCUGUACUGCCAGCACAUCCAUAGCCGGUUUCAUCAUAGCCCGGCCAUACGAAAGGUGAUGGAGAGACAGCUGGAGAUGACAAACCAGAGCUUGAGAUCAGUUUUCCCUAACUACACUGCGCUCUGCUUUAGUGACUUGUCGCGCUGUCAAAACCUGUUGCUGGAAGGACUUCUACGCAAUACUCACGUCCCUGUAGCUAUCAUGAAGAUACUAUUUGAUAAAUCUACACAUUUAAACAAUAAUGGGAAUAGUUAUCAGGACGUGACAGGUAUUUGCAGCCGUAUUAUUGAGAGUAAGUCUGCGUGCAAAAUACUGGGGAAUGUCAACAUACCAUCAACAACUGGUGCUGAUGCUGAGGUUCAAUCUGAACUGUUACUGGAAAAACUAAAUGCUGUGGUGACGCAAAGUGAUGGCCAUAGAGCAAACCAGUUUUUGGACUCUGUUCUUGGAGAAUAUGAAAAUGCACAGGAACAUUUUUGUGGAGUAAUCUGUGCUGCUUUACAAAAUGAAUCAAGAAUGGAUUUAGAAUUUAUGAUAAUUUUGGACUGGUUAGAGCUAAAGCACAACUUUUUGGAAUACAUGUGUCAUUCACUGCCUUCGUCACUUCUCACAAACAUAGCCAAAAAGCAUUUGAGAUUUAGAGAUUUGUACUGUGAUGUCCUCAAAAAGUGGGCCAAAGAAAUGGAGUAUGAUAUAAAUAACGGGGAGUGGAUUCCAGUCAGCAAAAAUCCUUCUGUAUCUUUCCAGAAUCUGACGGAGCACUUUGUAUCCUUGUUUAAAGGCAGUGUUUCUCUGAAGGACCAUUUGGAAACUGAGCUGAAGGCUUUAAAGUUUACUGAUGGGGACUUUGAUGUCAGAGGGCUGAGUAUAUGGGGAGAUCUACUGUCUGAAAUUUUGAAAUGACACGUUCAUAAUCUCAUUGAAGCCAUAAAGCUGAGCUCAGAUGUUGUUGUUUUUUUAGCUCUUAUAAACUAUAUAUUAUUUAUUAUUUGCCUAAAUGUCUUGUAUCAUUCUAGGAUCAUUUUGUAUUUCAGGUCAAGCCAACAUACUUUCUCUAUUAAUUAAAAUAAAUUACAAUGUUAUUUUGUCUAGUUGGACAAAAAGUUUCCUUAUUUCUUUUGGAAGAAGCAUUUUGUUGGUGGCGUUUCUCUGAACAGAUGGUAGCAUGUGCACUCCUUAACCAGGCACAGCAUGUGACUUGACUCAAUAAUUGUCAGUUUGCAGUGGGAAAAUUAAUCUCAGGAGAUUGAUGGCUUCAUUAUUCAACUUCACAAUAUUGUCCUUGUGCCCACAUCAUCACCAUGGCACCUAAUAAGUAAUAUAAUUAAAGUAUUUAUAAUAUUAAAUGUAAUUUUGUUAUAUUUCAUUUCUAAUGACAAUUUGAAUACAAAAUAGUAUUGUUUUAGGCAAGGCAACAUGAGAUUUU